AUGAGUACGAUCACCUAUGAUGGGUGGGUGCCACCUACGUUUGACGAGGUUGACUUCUCGACCUUGGAUUGCAAGCUGGCCGCUGCGUGGUUCACAAGCCUUAUCAGCUUGGAGUACAACGACACGCAGAGUUUUGACGCACCUAUAGAAGCGACGUACAACUACAUCACCAGCUUUGUCCCAAACAUUCCAACUCUUGGCCAGGCCUUGGAUUGGUACGGAAACAUGAGCGAUGACUCGGACAUUUAUGAUACAAUGGUCUCGUUUCCAAUAUACAACUGCUCAGUCGAAGUUUGCAAGCAGCUAAACUGGUCGGGCGACGCUGACCUGGCUGGUAUUGGUAUGAUGUUUGUGUAUUAUCUGGCAGCCGCUCUGGCGACGGCGUACUUUGUCCUUUUGGGCGCGGAUCGGCUAGAGCCCUUUAAGAAGACGGCAUGUUUGCACGGCCUCUGGAGUCAUUUCAUAGCAGCCUUUGACAAGUCAACCGACAGCUUUCUCGACGCAGCCCUCCUCUUCUGCAUCUCGAUCCAGAUUGCCGGGACGUACCGCCACACGUCGGCCCGCAUCCAUCCGGACAAGACACACUCGCUGUACUGGCUGACAAACGCGACGUACAUGAGCUUGUUUACCAUCUUCCCGCCAUUGAUGCUGCAGAUUGCCAGCCGAGACCUGAAGCACAAACGGGUCCGACUUUUGUUCUGGCUCGUGGUGAUUGCCUUUACGGUGACCAACAUUGCCAUGUACUACAGUCUUACCUUUAGUUCGAAGCGCCUGGACAAGCUGCUGGACCGGGCCGCUGCGGAGUCGGACACGGUAUGGUUGAUUGACUGCGAGCCAGUUGGACUGCGCGAGUCGCUCGACUAUGUGAUGAUCGUGGUCGAGGCCCUGCUCGGCAUCAACUUUUUCGUCUGGGUCUACGCAGUCUUGGCCUGUCUGAAGAAUGAGAAGGGAAUGGGUGAGCAGGAAGUGCAUGUGCAGACGAUGAAUGGAAAGACAGCGGUCGGCCACAUUGUUGCUAUCAGUACGCGUCAGACAACGUUCUGGGCCGGCAAGGCGCGGCUGCUGAAGCUGGUCAACGGCGGCCUCUGCUGCAUGGCCAUGUGGGCUCUCCUGGGCCUCUUCACGCGGUACCGCGGCCGAGUGGAGCACGAGAUGGGCUCUGUCGAUGAUGAUGCGCAGUGGAGCUUUGGGCAGGUUCUUUCGCUGGCCACAUGGGCGCCGGUGGCAAUCGAACUGCUGAUGGCCUGGGCAGUCAGUCAGAAAGACAUCACCGAGGGCAAGAACGUCCAGCAGGAGACGAAGCAGGGCGCAGAUAGCGGGCUGGGCGUCAUGAAGCCGUACACCCCGAUCACGGACAGUGUUUUGUACCUGCCACAUCGUGCAACAGCUGCCGUGCUGCAACUGUCGGCUGGCCAGGAAGCCGUGCGCCUUUACGGAUGCCAGCUCGCGGCCUCGACAGCCGAAAGUGCGGCCCGUACGAACAGAGUACGUUCUUCCUCUAUCUCACCCUCCCUCUUCUUGUCUGACACGUAUAGCGAAAAGGUGCCCAGCGGGAUUGAAGACCGUCUAGCACGAAUUGAGGAGGCGCUUGUGGCCCUGUCGAGGUCGCAGAGAUCGGUGGAGGAGUCGAUGCAGAUGACGACAUCUGUAAAGGGCAGCAUCCCGCAGGAAACAGCCCCCCCUCGACAGCACGGCAGCAGUGGCAGCUCGAUCGAGUCGCAGGUGGCCUUUGCCUGCCAUUACCUACAGGACAUUAUCGACAACAACGUGCUGGACGAGCACAAGGACGGACUCAGCAAGGCGCUCUUCUCGCUGCAGCGGCUGUCCGGCGACGGAGAAGCCGUGUCUGGAGCAUGGCUGCCGUACGCCAAACCGCUAGAAGGAAACGGGCUGCAGGGCCUGCGUCAACUGGCAAUGCCGCCUCUGGACGAGGUGCUGGGUCUGCUGCGUGAGCUGCGACGGACGCGACCGGUGACGUUUCCGAUGGUGUGUGCAUUUGGCAGUGUUGACGGGCUGACAGAACACUGCCGACGACUCUAUCUUCCCGUGCGCGAAGAUGACGUGUCCUUUGAGGCCUUUUUGACGGUCAACGCCGCCCUCUUUUUCCUCUUCAAGGACAAGAUGGCCCUGGCUGUGCACACAGGUGACCAAGAGGCCGUGGUGCGCUUCCUGGCACUGCGCAACAGCUGCCGUGACAACGUGGAGACAGCACUGGCACAUAUGCCACUGGUACUGGCUCCUCGACCCCAAGGCCUGCUGGCCCUCGUCUUGGGGGCCGGCUAUGGCAUCGAGAUGUCGCGACCGGGUCUGGCCUCCAGGCUCAACACGGCUGCCUGCCAGAUGGCUGUCGAGCUGGGCUACCACCGAGACGAAGAAGCGGCGGAUGGACAGAGCGAUGGGCAGAAUGACGGACUGAAGUUCGGACGCGUCCUCGGCCCAUCAACCCCGAUGCAGCCACACGAUCACACCCACCAUCACAUCCUCUUCUGGCUCGCCUACAUGCACGACCGCGCCCUCUCGCUCCGUCUCGGCCGCGCCCCUAUCCUGCACGACUACGACAUCACGGCACCUCGCACGCUGGCUCCUCUGGCAGCCGAGUUCGAGGGCCACCGCGUCAACAUCGCCAGCUGGAUCGUUCUCGGUGAGGUGCAGGGCCGCAUGUAUCGCGACCUCUACAGCCCAGCCGCUCGACGGUCACCGCUACGGCCGCGCGUUGAGGCCGCCCGAUCCUGUGCAGACGUGCUCCUGCGCGAGGCCGACAGCGUGCAUCAACGACGGGUUCGUCUGGAGCAGCGACUGCGCACGUGGUCGGAUUCGGUUCCGGAUCCAAACCAGAUGGCCGACAUGGGCGACGUCGUCUGCGUCGGUGACGACGACCGAACUGCCAUGGAGGUCGAGGCUAUGCUGCUUCGCGUCGACGAGGUCACGCUCUUGUCGUCGCUGACGAUGGCGUUUCGGGCGAUCCCGCCGGGAGCCGAUCGCGAUGAGGAGGAUGAAGAAGACGGCGAGCUGGACGACGGCGACCAUGAGACCUGGAAAAGGCCGCGGCGUCCCCAGAUCGAAUCCACCCUCUUCUGCGACAGCUGCGUCGCCAUGGCCCGCAGGACAAUGCAGAUGCAUCUCGAAUACCUGCAUCUCACCGACGGAAAUCCCAUGUUGGUGGCCAUGCAUAUGCACUGGACCAUCUUGCUCGUCCCGUUUGUGCCAUUUGUCGUGCUCUUCUGCUACGUCAUGGAGCAGCCCAACGCCGAGGAUCUCUGCUACCUGCAGCGCUGCAUGGAAACGUUGCAGCCGUGGCAGAAGCUGUCCGCACACGCAGAACAGCUCUUCCGCAUCUGCCGGGCCCUGUACGAGGCCGCCCAGGCCUAUGCUGCGUGCAGACGUCCGGGGGGGUUGUGA